GUGCCCUCGGGCAGGAUGACGGGCUCCAGCCCCGUGUCCCCGGCCUCGUCCUCGGGGGGCUCCCCCGGCAGCCCCUCCCCCCCCGGGCCCCCCCGGCCGGCCCCGCCCCCCGAGGGCCCCCCCGAGGGCCCCCCCGAGCCCCCCUGGCUGUGGGAGAGGAGCCCGGCCGAGAUCGCCGAGCAGGCCAAGCAUGAGGCCGAGGUGGAGCACCGCGUGGCCGAGAUGAAGCGCGAGGGCUUCUGGUCCCUGCGGCGCCUGCCCAAGGUGCCCGAGCCGGCGCGGCCCAAGGUGCACUGGGAUUACCUGUGCGAGGAGAUGCAGUGGCUGGCCGCCGACUUCGCCCAGGAGAGACGCUGGAAGAGGGGCGUGGCCAGGAAGGUGGUGCGGAUGGUGAUGCGGCACCACGAGGAGCAGCGGCAGCGCCAGGAGCGCGCCAAGCGCGAGGAGCAGGCCAAGCUGCGCCGCGUGGCCGCCGCCAUCGCCCGCGAGGUGCGCCACUUCUGGAGCAGCGUCGAGAAGGUGGUGCAGUUCAAGCAGCAGUCGCGGCUGGAGGAGAAGCGCAAGAAGGCGCUGGACCUGCAGCUGGAUUUCAUCGUGGGCCAGACGGAGCGCUACUCCGACCUGCUGAGCCGCAGCCUGAACGCGCCCCGCGCCCGCCUCACCUGCCCAGCCUCGGCCGAGAGCCCCCCCCCGGCCCCUCGGGGACCUCCUGGGCUCCCUCUCCCCCGCAGGUGUCCCACCUGUCCCCUCCCCCAGGUGCUCAGGCGGGACCGGGACCCUCCCCCACCCUGGGGGCCCCGCGAGGAGGACGAGGAGUUCGAGGCUGAGGAGGAGGAAGGUGAGGAUGAGGAGGACACCAUCGCGGCCCAGGAGCGCCUGGAGGGCGACGUCGAUCACCAGCAGGAGCUGGACGACCUGGCCAGGGAGGGUGCGCUGCCCAUGGAGGAGCUGCUGCAGCGUUACCGCGGCGCCUUCACCGACUCCGACUGCGACUCCGCCCCCGGCGCCAGCAGCACCCGCUCAGACUCACCUGGCGGCGACAGCGACGAGGACGACGACGACGAUGACGACGACGACGACGACGACGAUGACGACGACGAGGCCGACGACGAGGACGAGGAGGAGGAGGGGGAGGGGCAGGAGGGCGGGGGAGGGGCGCCAGGUGAGCCCGGCGGGGGCGCGGCCCCGCCCGCACCUGCCCAGGUGAGCCCGGCCCCGGCCGCGCCCGCUGGCCCCGCCCCCAAGAAGGAGAUCAGCGACAUCGCGGCGGCGGCGGAGAGCCUGCAGCCCAAGGGGUACACGCUGGCCACCACGCAGGUGAAGACGCCCAUCCCUCACCUGUUGCGAGGUACCCUCAGGGAGUACCAGCACAUCGGGCUGGACUGGCUGGUGACCAUGUACGAGAAGAAGCUGAACGGGAUCCUGGCCGACGAGAUGGGGCUGGGCAAAACCAUCCAGACCAUCUCCCUGCUGGCUCACCUGGCCUGCGAGAAAGGUAGCUGGGGCCCUCACCUGAUCAUCGUGCCCACCUCGGUGAUGCUGAACUGGGAGAUGGAGCUCAAGCGUUGGUGCCCCAGCUUCAAAAUCCUCACCUACUACGGCGCGCAGAAGGAGCGGCGCCUCAAGAGACAGGGCUGGACGAAGCCCAACGCGUUCCACGUGUGCAUCACCUCCUACAAGCUGGUGCUGCAGGACCACCAGGCGUUCCGCCGGAAGAACUGGAAGUACCUGAUCCUGGACGAGGCCCAGAACAUCAAAAACUUCAAAUCCCAGCGCUGGCAGUCCCUGCUCAACUUCAACAGCCAGCGGCGGCUGCUGCUGACAGGUACGCCGCUGCAGAACUCGCUGAUGGAGCUCUGGUCGCUGAUGCAUUUCCUGAUGCCGAGCGUGUUCCAGUCCCACCGCGAGUUCCGCGAGUGGUUCCACAACCCCCUGACCGGCAUGAUCGAGGGCAGCCAGGAGUACAACGAGAGCCUGGUCAAACGGCUGCACAAGGUGCUGCGGCCGUUCCUGCUGCGCCGGCUCAAGGUGGACGUGGAGAAGCAGAUGCCCAAGAAGUACGAGCACGUGCUCAGGUGCCGCCUGUCCAAGCGCCAGAGGUUCCUCUACGACGACUUCAUGGGCCAGGCCAGCACCAAGGCCACCCUGGCCAGCGGUCACUUCAUGAGCGUCAUCAACGUGCUGAUGCAGCUGCGCAAGGUGUGCAACCACCCCGACCUGUUCGAGCCACGCCCCGUGACGUCACCGCUGGUCACACCUGGGCUCUGCCUCGGCACCCCCGCCCUGGUGCUGCGCGCCCUGGAGCCACACCCCUUCCAGCAGGUGGACCUGUCCCCGUUCGAGCUGGUGGCGCUGGAGGCUCACCUGUCGCGCUACGCGGCCGAUUGGUUCCUGCCGCGCUUCCGCGUCACGCGGCGCCUCCUGGAGGACGUGGCCGCCGCCCCCGACCCCCCCCCGCGGCCCAAACCCGUCCGCAUGAAGGUCAACAGGAUGCUCCAGCCGGUGCCGAAGGCGGAGCCUCGGGCGGUUCUGCUCCUCCCCGCCCCUCGCCCCGCCCCUGGGGGCGUGGCCUCGCCGGCGCCCGCCCCCUCCGCGCCGAGCCCCGCCCUCUCCGCGCCAAACCCCGCCCCCCUGCUGGUGGCCCCGCCUCUCGUCACGUUGGGCCACGCCCAGGCUCCGCCCCCCAGCGCGGGCCCCGCCCCUUUGGUGACAACACAAGGGGCGGGGCUUAACCUGGGGCUGGGCUUGGCGCUGGCCCCGCCCAGGGCCACGCCCACGCUGCUGGCUCCGCCCCCUGGAGGGCCCGCACAUGCUCUCCCGGCGGCCUCGUUGGCCACGCCCACCCCCGCGGGAGGCCCCGCCCCCGUGGCCACGCCCACGCCAAAUCUGGGCAAAGGGGCGGGGCCGGCCCCUCCCCCGCCCGUGGCCACCUUCGCGCUGCCCCAGCGGCUCCUGCUGGCCCCGGACAUGCAGGCCCGGCUGCCCUGUAAGCCACGCCCCCCUCUCAUUUGCAUCUCAUUUGCAUGGCCGCUCGUUUCCGCCUUUCCCCAUCCCUGAAAAAAUUGGGGAAGUUUUCCCUUAAAUUUCCCCAAAAUUUCUCCAAAUUUGUCUCAAAUCCUCCCCAAAGUUUUCCUAUUGCCCCUUUUCCCCUCCUCGUUUGCAUCUCAUUUGCAUCUCAUUUGCAUGCGUAUCUUUCUAAUCUUUCCUAAUUCCUAAAGCCCUUCCAGGAAUUUUUCCUGAAAUUGCCCCAAAUUUCCUCAAAAUCUCCCCCAAAUCCCCUCAAGCCCCUCCCCAAAACCCUUCCCAAACCCUCUUUUGUAUCUUAUUUGCAUCUCAUUUGCAUAAGCACGCUUUAAAAUCUUUCCUAAUUCCUGAAACCAUUUUAAGAAUUUUUUUUCUAAAAUUUCUUCAAAAUUCCCCCAAUUCCUCUCCAAACCCUUGCCAAUACCUCAUUGUGUCUCAUUUGCAUCUCAUUUGCAUCUCAUUUGCAUGGAUGCUCUUUAAAUAUUUGUUGCUUUCGGGUCCCUGAAACAAUUCUGGAUUUUUUCCCCCAAAAUUGCCCCAAAUCUCCUCAAAUUGGCCCAAAAUCCUCUCAAACCCAUUCCGAACUCCCAGUUUUCCCUCUCAUUUGCAUCUCAUUUGCAUGAACGCCCUUUUAAAAGCUUUGUAAGAUUUUUCUUGUUUUCAAAGAACUUCCAAGAAUUUUUCCCAAAAUUGCCCCAAAUCUCCUCAAAAUUCCCCCAAAUUCCCUCAAAACCCUUCCCCAAAUCCCCUUUUUCUGCUCAUUUACAUCUCAUUAGCAUCUCAUUUGCAUGAGCACACUUUGAAACUUUUCCAGUCC